UGUGUGUGUGUGUGUGUGUGUGUGUGUGUGUGUGCUCUUGUUUUCAUGACAACUGAGGACAUUUUUAUGAUAACACACCUGCAAUAUGAGGACACUCGGAAAAAUGAGGACAUUUUGGGGGUCCUCAUUUUUCCGAGCUCACUAGACAGUUGUAGAUGCUCCUAGAAUGCCUCUAAACCAAAAAUCUCCAAAGUCCUGAAACAUCACAAUUUUUUGACAUGAAGUGUUUAAGUGUGUUUAUGUUUUUUGCUCAUUUGCGGAUACGCCAACUAGUGGUCAGAUUUGGAACUUUAACACACUUUUAACACACAUUGACGGCAUCAACGGGUCCUCAUAUUGUACGUUUUCAUAACCACAAUUUAUGAUUGUUGUUCUUUAUUUAUGACUUGUUAAUUUGAAAUAUAUGUGAUAUCUAUCAUGUGAAGCAUUCUUGUUGUAUGCUGUUGUGAUGAUUGUUGUAUGAUUUGAGUCAUUGGUUUCAAUAAUAAUAAUAAAAAAAUAAAAAUAAAAAAAACGUUUUCAUAAACAAACUUUUUAAGCUAGUUUAGAAUUAGCCUACUGUAAUUCACAUACAUAUAAUCAGAGUAAAAUAAUAACAUCACCAAUUUACUACUGCUAAUUAAGUAUCAUGUUUACUAAGUAAAGUAAGUUCCUCAAUUUAUUUAAAUUAAUCAGCUGAUUAAGAUAACGUUAGCUUAUGUUAGCUUACUAAAAGGACGCAUCAUUAUGGAUAGGUGGGCCUGGGAAUAUCUGGACUCUUCUUUUUAAAAGCUUACAUUAACACACAUGUAUUUUAAAAAUGAUAAAUAAAAAGAACUUGCAGAUUGCAGAAUUUAAAUAUGCCUAGUUUUAGUCAUGUCAGAAUAUCAGAGACACCAACCACCAUGUCAGAUAAUUAACUAGCUCCACACAUAAAAUAAGAAAUAGGCUACUACUAUAAAAACAGAUCUAACACUGCAAAACUCUGGUUAUAAGAGCCACAUCCAAACUGAACAUGCAUAUUAAUUAAAAUAAAUGUAAUUAAUAUUAAGAACUUACGUUCAGAAACAGCAUAAAGACGCCACAGUGGGCCAGCAAAAAAACACGGCCUGGAGCUGCCACAUAAGGUGGAGUCUCUUCUGGACUUGGAGUCUGGAGUUGAAAACCUUGAUUAUGUCAUAAUCCGAACUAUCAUUAAUGUUUAAUAUAUAAUUGGGAGUCUAAAUGGCCAAAUGACCAACUAAAUAACAGCAGUAAGUGGCACUUUCCUUCCAUCGUUCGGUUUUCUGUUUGGACAAGUGAAGUGCAGCAAGCAUGCUAUGGGCCGGGCCGGCUUUUCCCGCAUACCCAGAACCACCGACUGUCUCUGCUGCUGCGAUCUCCUCAGGCUUGGCCUGUUAACUUAGAUCUUUGCUAAUUGAGGAGCACAUGGCUGAAGAGCAUGUCAAAAAGGAGAACCAGACUUAGUCCUCAGGCUGAGGCUAUUCAGUUUAUUUUAUCUGGACGUGAUAAACCUUGUUUCAAAGUCAAGUGGAUCAGUGACUUCAAAGGACGUGGUGUAUUUACCUGCACACCAAUUGAAAAGGGAUCGUUUGUCGUUGAGUACCGUGGGGAGUUAAUAUCACAAUAUGAACAGAACAAGAGGCAGAAGAAGUACACAGAAAAACAAAAUGCUUUCUUGUUUGAUUUUCAAUGGAACAAUGGAACAUGGUGCAUAGAUGCGUCCCGCGAAGACACUUCACUAGGGAGGCUGGUGAAUGAUUGCCACAAGUCGCCAAAUUGUAAAAUGAGAAGGUUGACAGUUCAGGGUAAACCUCAUCUUUGCUUAUUCGCAAUUGAAAACAUUCAAGCAGAGACUGAAAUAACCUACGAUUAUGGAGAUUCUCAAUGGCCAUGGCGUAAUCUGACACCAAGUGGCUUGACCCAGACUCAACAUUCAGGAGACCCAGAAGUGAGCGAGAGAUGCAGUUCAUCCUUCCAACAGACACCAAGUGGCUUGACCCAGACUCAACAUUCAGGAGACCCAGAAGUGAGCGAGAGAUGCAGUUCAUCCUUCCAACAGACACCAAGUGGCUUGACCCAGACUCAACAUUCAGGAGACCCAGAAGUGAGCGAGAGAUGCAGUUCAUCCUUCCAACAGACACCAAGUGGCUUGACCCAGACUCAACAUUCAGGAGACCCAGAAGUGAGCGAGAGAUGCAGUUCAUUCUUCCAACAGACACCAAGUGGCUUGACCCAGACUCAACAUUCAGGAGACCCAGAAGUGAGCGAGAGAUGCAGUUCAUUCUUCCAACAGACACCAAGUGGCUUGACCCAGACUCAACAUUCAGGAGACCCAGAAGUGAGCGAGAGAUGCAGUUCAUCCUUCCAACAGACACCAAGUGGCUUGACCCAGACUCAACAUUCAGGAGACCCAGAAGUGAGCGAGAGAUGCAGUUCAUCCUUCCAACAGACACCAAGUGGCUUGACCCAGACUCAACAUUCAGGAGACCCAGAAGUGAGCGAGAGAUGCAGUUCAUUCUUCCAACAGACACCAAGUGGCUUGACCCAGACUCAACAUUCAGGAGACCCAGAAGUGAGCGAGAGAUGCAGUUCAUCCUUCCAACAGACACCAAGUGGCUUGACCCAGACUCAACAUUCAGGAGACCCAGAAGUGAGCGAGAGAUGCAGUUCAUCCUUCCAACAGGCCAACCACUCCACUGGAGUUACAUGCUUCCAUCAUGUAUUUACUGCAGAGCAGGUUGGACCUCCCUCAGUCGAUGAUGGUGGAUUUCAUGAUGGAAAAUCAACGAGCGCUAAAGACCAGAUGUCUUAUGACAUGACUGAUGAAUCUUCGGAUGUUACGGACUAUGAUGAUGCCAACUAUGUUCCAGAUUCAAGUGGCAACUCCUCUGACACAAGUUCUAAUAGUAGAGAUCUAAACAUCAUAGACAAUCAUCUUCCCCACAAAGUGUUCAAGAAAAUAUCAUUGGGCAUCGCUACAGCCCACUGUUCGGAUGGUACCAACAGUCCCAAGGAGCAGAGAAGUUUUAGUUCCUCAAAGAUGAGCAGCAGCCAUUGCAGUUCAGUGAUGAGUUGCAGUGACAGUUCAUCAGAGAACAAAUUGCACAGCUCCGUAAAUGUCUCUUCGUUGCCAAACACGGCAAAACGAAGCAAGUACAACAAGAAACAAUACUGUCUAUAUUGUAAUAAGGCCAUUUCUAAAUUGGCAAGACACCUCGAAUCCGCUCACAGUACACAGCCGGAUGUUGCAAAGGCUUUCAGUUUUAAUAAGAGAUCUCGUGAAAGAAAAGAUUUGUUACGCUCUCUUAAGAAGAGGGGAAACUUUAACCAUAAUGCCACUGUGGCAAGCAGUGGUGAUGGAGAAAUGGUUGCUUGUCGAAGACCCACUAGAGUCAGACAAUCUAAUGACUUCAGUCACUGCAAGUUUUGCCAAGGACUCUAUGCAAGAGAUUGUCUAUGGAGACAUGUCAGAAACUGCCCUCAGAAGUCUGUUGAGGUGGAGUCUAGAGUUGGCCGAAAACGGAUUCACAUGGACCUACCAAAACCUGAUGCAGUUCAUGAAGCUGUUUGGAAGAUUGCUUUUGAAAUGAACCAGGAUGACAUUUCUUUAGUUGUAAGAAGUGAAAGAGACAUCCUUAGUCUUGGCGAGUCAAUGUACAAUGGCAGGAAACCAAAUGAGAAAAGAAAUGAUUACAUACGUCAAAAAAUGAGAGAGAUGGCAAGACUCUUGAUAACUGCAAGAGCUACAACACCUUUGAAGACCACUGAAGACCUUGUUAUGCCCAGUAAUUUCCCCCACGUGAUACAAGCAGUGAGAUCUGUUGCUGGUUAUGACUUGGAUAGCAACUCCUAUAAAAUCCCAUCAUUGGCUUUAAAAUUGGGUCACAGUUUGGCUAAGGUUGCAGGCAUUGUGCAAUGCAAAGCCAUCAUUGAAAAUCGCAAUGCCGUCGCAGAGUCUGUCAAGCAAUUCGCCACUCUGUAUGAGAAAAGAUGGGCGGAAUCCAUUUCAGGUUCUGCACUGGGUACACUUCAUCAAGCCAAAUGGAAUAAACCACAUGUUUUGCCCUUUACACAGGAUGUGUCCCUGCUGCACAAGUUUCUUGCUACUGAGCGUGCUAAGUGCAUGAAGGACCUUGAGGAAGAACCCAACAUCAAAAGCUUUGGGAAUCUUGCACAAGUGACUUUGACGCAGGUGGUACUAUUUAACAGAAGGCGGCAAGGGGAAGUUUCAAAGAUGGAACUCCAGGCGUUCACAUCCAGAAAUCGAACAGAGUUGAAUCCUGACAUUAUGAUGGGCCUUACGGAGUUUGAGACGAAGGUUGCAAAGUAUUUUGAAAGAGUAGAAAUUCGAGGUAAAAGGUCUCGAAUGGUGCCCGUGCUUCUAACACCUGACAUGAUUGCUGCAAUGGACCUCCUCAUUAAAAAAAGGAGUGAGUGUCAAGUCCACAGAGAAAAUGUCUACUUGUUUGCCCGCCCAUGUGUGCUUUCCCAUUACAGAGGCUCCGACUGCUUCCGAAAGUUUUCAAAACUAUGUGGUGCAAAAAACCCAGAGUCGCUCACCUCAACAAGACUGAGAAAACAAGUCGCCACUUUGUCAACAGUACUGAAUUUGAAAGAAAAUGAAAUGGAUCAACUUGCAACCUUUCUAGGACAUGAUAUAAGGGUCCACAGGGAAUUCUAUCGCCUUCCAGAAAGUACACUGCAGCUCGCAAAAGUUAGCAAACUGUUGAUAGCAAUGGAAAAGGGAAGACUGUCAGACCUGCAAGGGAAAGGGCUGGAUGACAUUGAGAUCAAUCCCGAAGAGGAAGUAGCCACGAGUGAUGAUGAUUCUAGUGAAGAAGCCAUUGCUGACCUACAUCAACAUGAAGGCUCAAGAACUGUAACUUCUGGGGAUCUGACACUUCUGAGGGACUCGCACGCUUCAACCACCCUGGAUAAUUUGGAGAGCACUUCUGCCUCAACCGUCUUGGACAACGUAAACUUAAGCAACACUCAACCAAUACAUGAUUCCCAGCAGAACACAGCACUUCAAGUGGUUACAUCCCAAACGUCUUCAAAGUCCUCCACUGUAAAGCAAGCUGGGAAGGUGAGGAACAAGUGGACAGGUAAUGAAGUAAAGGCUGUGGAGCGGCACAUGAUUCAUUUCAUAACCAACUGCAAGGUGCCAGGUAAAAAGGACUGUGACUCCUGUCUCCAGGCAGAACCAGUGGCUCUGAAAGACCGAGACUGGGCUGCAAUCAAAUACUACAUUCACAAUAGAAUCAUAUCAAUGAAAAGGAAGAUGUAUAGAUAGAGGUUCCCAAACCUGUACUGGAGU